AGCCCAGCUGUUUUUUCUGCACUUUGUUGGGGCAACAGAGAUGUUCCUCCUGACAGUGAUGGCAUAUGACCGCUACACUGCCAUCUGCAAGCCCCUGCACUACACAGCCAUCAUGAGCCGGCAGGUACACCUCUGCAAUCAUUUCUACAAUGGAAGAUAAAAUGCACAAGGUCAACACAUCAACAGUAUCUGAAUUUAUUCUCAUAGGCCUUUCUGAUGCUCCAGAGGUGCGUUUUUUUCUCUUUGUGCUGUUUUUGAUCAUCUAUUUGGUCACCAUGGCAGGCAACAUCACAGUCUUUGUUGCCAUUAGCACAGAUACUCGUCUGCACAACCCCAUGUACUUCUUCCUUGGCAACUUAUCCCUACUGGAUAUCUUAUGCCCCACUAUUACUGUGCCAAAGAUGCUGGAGGUCUUGUUGUCUGAGGACAAUGUGAUUUCAUUCAGUGGCUGCAUACUCCAGCUGUUCUUCCUCAUUGAUGUUGUAGGCACAGAGAUUUUUCUCUUGGCUGUGAUGGCAUAUGACCGUUAUGUUGCCAUAUGUCAACCUCUGCAGUACGUUAAUAUUGUGAGUAUGAAACUAUGUGCUCGCCUAGCCAUUGGCACCUGGGUAGUAGGAUUUUUUAAUUCUCUAUUGCACACAUCUUUGAUUUUUACACUCUUUUUUUGUGAUUCUAAUGAAGUUGACCAAUAUUACUGUGAUAUUCCACCUGUGCUGGCCCUCUCCUGCUUACCUACUUACAGUAGGGAACUGGUGAUUCUUACAGUAGCUGGGGUCCUUGGAAGUAGUGCCUUUGUGGUCACUCUGGUCUCAUAUGUCUAUAUCCUUCUGGCUAUCCUGUGCAUGAACUCUGCUGAGAGCAGGCACAAAGCUUUCUCCACUUGCAGCUCUCACUUGACAGUGGUAUGCCUUUUCUAUGGGACUACUAUUUGCACGUAUGUACGGCCUUCUUCUGCCUACUCACCUGAUCAGGAUAGGAUAGUUUCCAUGCUCUAUGGGAUCCUCACUCCGCUGCUAAACCCCAUAAUCUACAGUCUGAGGAACAAAGAAGUCAAAUGUGCCCUUGGAAGAGUAAUCAGCCAGGUGAGAACUACUUUAACAAAAUGA